AAAGAGAUCAGCUGAAGCUGCUGUCCGCCUUUGCAGGCGCUAAGCUCGGCAGGGAGCGCGAGGCUGAACCUCCCUCUCCGCCAAUUCUCCAACCUCAGCGGCCACCCAGCCGCAAACUCUUCUUCCCAGCUAUGGUCGGAUCCAACUUCAUUCUGUGCAGCAGAAAACAAUGGCCAGUGAUGAGUACACGAUCGGAUGGGUCUGUGCACUGCCGAUCGAAAAAGCCGCUGCCCGCGGUAUGCUGGACGAGAUCCACGAUACAUCAUUUAACAGGGCAGCAUCCGAUAAGAAUAGCUACACACUGGGUCGCAUCGGUCCGCAUAAUGUGGUUGUCGCGAACCUUCCCUCCGGUGUCUAUGGCGAGACCCCAGCGGCGACUGUCGCAGCGCACAUGUUGGCGUCAUUCCAAACAGUACGGAUCGGCCUGUUGGUUGGUAUCGGCGGUGGGAUUCCGAGUAGGUGUCAUGAUAUUAGGCUGGGCGACGUUGUUGUUAGCAGACCAGAGGGCACCUUGGGUGGGGUAGUCCAGUUCGACCGGGGGAAAACCAUAGCAGAAGGCCGAUUCGUGCGAACUGGAGUGCUGAACAAGCCUCCGCUUGUUCUCCUCAGUGCUCUAGCCGAACUCGACGCAGAGCACGAGAUGGAAGGUAGCAAGAUCCCGUCGUAUAUCGCUGAAAUGGGGGAGCGAUAUCCGAAGAUGCGGACGGACUAUUCGUGUCAAAGCUCCUCCAACGACGUACUCUAUCGGUCGGAGUACAACCACAAUGAGGAUGAUGACUCAACUUGCGAGUUGUGCGAUCCCUCCCAGAUUGCCCAGCGUUCCGCGAGACAAUCUGAAGAUCCAGUCAUCCAUUAUGGGAUCAUCGCGUCAAGCAACCAGGUUGUCAAGGAUAGCCUGAUACGCGACCGUAUUGGCACAGACCUUGGUGCGAUAUGCUUGGAAAUGGAGGCAGCGGGCAUCAUGGACACUUUCCCCUGCGUCGUCAUCCGUGGAAUCUCUGACUACGCUGACUCGCACAAGAACAAGCGCUGGCAACGAUACGCCGCGGCAACUGCUGCGGCUUACGCAAAGGAGCUGUUGUACAAAGUACCCCCGAAUGAGUUACGUGCUAAUCCUACAGCACUUCAAGCGCUCCGAUCAGAGUUGUCCGAAAUCAGUCAGGAUGUUCAAUCGCUAAAGCAAAAGCUCUAUCUGGACGCACUCCCAGUCGCAGAGGGCGCGGCAUUCGACUCGUACGACAAUGAAAGAAGCCCACACUGUCAUCCAGAAACCAGAGUGGAGUUACUUGGCCAAGUCUACAAGUGGUCGUGUGAUCCGAAGGGGAAGAGCAUCCUUUGGCUGAACGGAAUGGCUGGAACGGGCAAGUCCACUAUCGCGCGGACGCUCGCUCGCUCCUUACAUAAAGAUGCACGGCUGGCCGCAAGCUUUUUCUUCAAGCGGGGCGAAGCCUCUCGUGGAGAUGCCUCGCGGCUUUUCACCACGAUCGCAUCUCAGAUUGCCUCGAGUAUACCCAUGUCAGCAGAGUACAUCCGGGAUGGCGUUCAGAGUACUCCAUUGAUUGCGGACAAGGGACUCGGCAUCCAAUUCUCCGAGUUGAUUGUGCAACCGCUUCGCCAAUUGCAAUUGGUUUCCCCGGCACCAAAUAUUAUUGUUCUUGAUGCUCUGAAUGAAUGUGAUGAUAUCGCCCAAGUCAAGGCUAUCAUUCAACUUUUCUCCGGCCCAAGUAUGGAGAAGAUCAACCUGCGAGUCUUCGUGACCAGCCGUCCGGAUACAGCGAUUCGGGUUAGCUUUAACCAGCUUGCACAUGAAGUGUACGACCGUUUGAUCCUGCAUGACGUCGCACAGGAGACCAUUGAUCAUGACAUUCGCGUUGUACUUGUCGACGAAAUGCGCAGGACGGUGCAUGAUUACAACGCCGUAGUUCCAUCAACUGAUGCUGUUUUGACGCCCGAUUGGCCGGGAUCUGAGUGUAUAGACCAGCUCGUGGAAAUCUCCAGUCCGCUUUUUAUCUCUGCUGCGACCAUCUGCAGGUUCUUGGGCGACUCACGUUUCUCGCCCAACCACCAACUCGAGAAAUUGCUAGAGCAACGAAGUGCAAGCCAUGCCUCAAAGCUCGACUUCACGUACCUCCCGGUUCUGGAUCAAAUACUUGCAGGUGACCUUACAAAACGAGAGAAGGAUUACUUGAUAAGCGAGUUCCAUAGUGUUGUGGGAUCACUCGUCCUUCUAGCGGAGCCACUAUCCGCGUUCCACCUUGCUAGACUCCUCGGCAUACCAAAGGAUCGAGUCGAUACCAAUCUAGGGCAUUUACACGCCGUGCUUGGCGUUUCUGGAGAUGGCGCUCCUGUUCGGCUUUUCCACGCUUCUUUCCGCGAUUUUUUGCUCGAUGAGGACUUAGCUGGGAAAACUCCAUUUGCCAUACAUGGUCCAGCAGUGCACCGCCAUUUGUUACAGCGAUGUCUUGAUAGCAUGUCCGGAAAUGCAAAGCCAGUGGGAUUUCCGCACCGUUUAUACCGACCAGCGGCAACUGGAGUCGUACAUGUACCUCAGAAACAGGAGGCUUUCGAUGGGGUACUGCCCGGAGACCUUCGGUACUCACACCUGUAUUGGAUACAUCACUUGGAACAAACCAAGGAAACAAUCCGAAUUGGAGAUGGCGUUCAUCGCUUUCUUGAGACACACUUUCUCGACUGGGUGUCAGCACUGGGCAUUUUGAACCAGCCUUCUCGAGUUUUGAAUUCGGUGCAAACACUUAUCUCCCUUAUAGACGAGACCAGCAGCGGGAGUCCACUGUGGCAGCUUCUUCUUGAUGCUAGAAGAUUUGUCUACGGGCACAAACCUGCUAUUGAACGAAUCCCACAGAUGAUACACUCUUCAGUCAUAUUUCUGCCGCGCUCUAGCUCGAUCAGAAAGACCUUCAUGCAUCUUGAACCGGCUUGGAUCACGGAGCGACCUAACGUCCCCCAGGAUUGGGGCCAACCCGCACUGCACGUCGAUGGCGUGGUGCUGAACAGCCUGGCAUUUGCCCCGGAUAAUAGCCGGCUCGCUUCAGAAUCUCGAGUGUGGGAUGCCACCUCAGGCCACGUACUACACACAGUUAGUCAAUACCGACCGAGGUCUACAAUGGACCUGGUGCAUAAUUACCAAGAGGGAAUCAAGGCUUUAGCCUUCAGAUCCGCUCAGGAACUAGCAAUUGUCACACGUGGGGGACAAUUGAAAAGCUGGAAUCUAGCAACUGGAGAGAAAACAGCACUUCAGCUUGCUUCGGCCAUCAACGAUGCAGUGUUCUCUGGGGACGCCUCCAAGCUGGCGUUUAUCGCAUCGUCAAACCCGUUUAAAGUGCCGAUCAAGCAGUUUCCGGAGCCCUCAAUAUCUGUACGAGACAAUAUAACGGGACGUAUUAUUGUCAAGAUUGACCGGGUGGAGCAUGCCCUGCUUAGCUUGUCCUUGGAUGGGAGCAGACUGGCAUGUUGCAUAAUGCCUGACCAUGAGAGCUUCACAGACACUCAAGUUGUGGUAUUUGAACUCACUCCCCAUCGCUCCACCAAGCGUAGUGUGAUACCAGGGCCUCUCGCGCAUGUCGCCUUGGUCGCACUUUCCCCAAAUGGCUGUAAACUCGCUGUGUUUGGCGAGGAAAAAAGCACGCGCCUACUCGUCAUUCUUGAUAUUGAGACAUGUGAGCAGGAGCAGACGUUUCCAGUCUCGGAAUGGAUAACAUGCAUGUCAUUUUCACCAGAUGGCGCAACCCUCACUGUCGUUCUUGAGAAGAAAGAGUUUCGCCAGGUCGACCUGGCCACAGGCGAAGUACAGAUGAUCCGCAAGCACUGCCGCCAUGACGUCGUUGCGUUCGCCCCAGACGGGCUAAGAAUUGCCACUGCCCCUCGGAAAGCGAAUGGAAUCGAAGUUUGGAAUUCUCUAGGAAAUCCCGACAAUGUGCUCUACCAGAAACCAUCCUGUGAUCUCGACAACUGCCUACCUUUGUUUGCCCUCUGUCCAGAUGGCUCUGUAGCUGCGACGGCACGGAUCAAGAGCAACACGAUCCUGCUUGUGGAUAUCGCUAGCAAGGGAAUUAAGCAUGAGCUACAAGCGUGCGGAGUGCCGGAGGCUGUUGCUUUCUCCCAUGAUGGAACAACCAUGGCAGCCAAGACACUAUCCUACGUGAGCGAAAAAGAAGACGAUGGCGAAAUGGAUCUUACAACCGGGGAGCUUGACGACCUCGUGGUUAUAGAGAAACAUAUUUCCACAAACCGAGACAAAUGCUGGUUGGAAUUCUGGAAUAUCGAGACUAUUCCAUCGCUUCGUUUCAGGAAGACGUUUCCUGUGGCGUACCGGAAGUCUUUGUUGGCAGUCAGCCCUGAUGGAACAAGGGUAGCAUUAGCACUCAUAGAUGACACGCAAGCUGGCGCCAGCCGCGGAACCACUGUGGAGGAAUGUGACGUUCUGCGUACAGACCUCGUCCGCAGGUACCAUGUACAGCAGCCAGUCAAGAUGUCUAAGAUCCGAUAUUCGGCAGACGGGGAGUGGCUCGAGCUCAUCAACUACAAGCCAUCUGAGCCCCCAGGCAUCACAACAACUACUCGUAUUCGUCUCUGGCAGUUUGAAUACGCGUGGGGUUACUGGGCGUGUGAACCAGUUACCGAGCAUGCCAUCUCAAAAUGGCACAUCCAGAAAUACCACUUUCCAAGGACAGGGAUCUGGGUGACAGAGGACGAGGCCUGGAUUCGAUACGACCGUCACUAUAUCUUGUAUAUCCCUGCGCAUCUGAGACCGAUGCAGCAUGUGUACCUUGGCACGUCCUUUGAUAGUGUUUGUGAUGGUACCGGCGGCGCAGUAAUCGGCUGGAUUACUGUUGAAGGACUAUUUACUUCGUUCAAGAUCGAUUUGAAUAAGUUGCGGCUGGCUAUCAGUGGGAGUGGUGACGAGGGCUAGUGUGGCUCCUUGGCCACACUGCUGACAGAACCUUGAUGGAAACCAGGAAAGGAGCUAGGCCAUUAAAAAAAGAUGAAUGUGUGUAAGAAAAAUGAGGCUAUCUAGGAGGAAGCAAGGUGUACUAAAGACGCAGGAUGGAUCACGCGCUGCUAACGGUCGAAGAGAAGCAGAGACCCCAAGAACGCUUGCUUGUAUGCCUGCUUGCAGGGCUCUAUACUACCGGCAAUUCACUACCUAACAGCACAUAUGGAGGCCGUUUCCAAAAAUCCAAAAUCACAGAGAAGCACCUGGGAAAAGGAGAUGUCAAACGUGAAGUCCUCUAGUAAACCCUUCCGUCCAAGGCAACGCUUGCGCGUAGUUGACAUUGUAGACCUGCCGGUCCGCGGAAUCCCAUUUAACCAAGAGGCACUGCCCAAAUCACUCGGCGUACUUUUCGACUUCGGGGGUCGCCCUGUAGCCUUGAGGCUGAUCCUGGAAAGGCAGCUGAAAUCGGGUCUUGGUGACGUUCGGCGGGUCUUUUUCAGAAAGGGAGCCUUUGCAGGACAAUGAACUUAUCCACAGUUUUAGCUUCGCCCUCAAUCGCCCUGUAACUCCAAGUAUCAGAAAGUGUGGCGAAGAGAACGUGGCGGCAAACGGGAGAUGUAGGAAACCAGGAGAGAACGUUCGGUACAGCCCAGCCCAGGUCAAAGGGGAAGGGCGGGGAGUCUAACCAUGCCACCGGCCACGCACUACCUCGCCAUACUGAGGUAACGUGGGAUCCACACGUUGUUCCGCGGGAAGGACAAGGAGCAAUUCUCG